AAAGCCAAAUUCGAAUCGAAGCCACAUUCGUACUCCAUAGUUCUUCGAAUCAACUUUCGAAGAUAUUCGAAAAAAGAGAGCAACACUGUUCGCCAAAUGUCAAACGCAAAGCAAAAUAAAGAAAGAAACUAAAAUCAAAACAAGAUGAAAUUGCUAACAUUUCGAUUGUGAAGUUUGUGCACUUAAGAACUCAGUAAUUGUUGUGUUAAAUAUAUUUAAUAUUAGUGAAAGUCCUUGAUAAAAAAAAUUACCAAAUGGAUCCAGUGGCGAUAUGGUUGGAAGCAGAUGAAGGCCAAGUGGCGGAACGAGUGCAAUUGAGAGCGCUUAGGGAUAAGGCCAACAUAUUCACUCUCAAUGAUAAAUGUUUUACGCAAAAUUUCCGCCUAAACAAGCAAGCGUUUCGGUACGUGCUAAAUGCCAUUACGCCGGAGUUAAGUACUCCUCGAAAAUCCACAGCAAUUCCGCCCAUUAUUAAGCUGGCCGCCGCAACGAAAUUAUUGGGGCAAGGAGGUUACCAACACCAAAUUGGCCAAGACCAACACGUAGGCCUUUCUCAGCAGUCAAUUCACGCUGCCUUAUUGAAUACGGACGCAGAGGAAACAGAGGCGAAAUUAUACUUCUAUGAAAAGUGUGGCAUUCCGGGCGUGUUGUUUGCAAUAGAUGGCACACAUAUACAAAUGAUAAGACCAACAAGGAAUGAGCAUUUGUACUACAAUGAAAACUGA